AUGAAAGAAAAAGAUAUUACCUCAUUAGAAGAGGAAAAAAUACUGAAAUUGGCUGACAUUAAUUAUAACCAAGAAGUUAAAGAAUUUGUUCAGCGUAAUCCCAGUUCUAAAUCGAUACUAGUUAAUUAUCCUCAUAACGAGCAACAAUUUACUUCAUUAAGUGCCGAAUUAGCCAAGGAGGGAAAGAAAAUAAAUAAUAUUAUUCUCUUGAAUAUUUCUAACUAUGAACUAAUAUUGAAUAUAAAAGAUCAAUAUCUAAUUUGUCCUCUUUGUGAGAAGAUAUACAAAAAAGAAGAGGUAGUAAAAGAAAAUGAGGAAUUUAUUUGUCCACAAGAUGGUGAGUAUCAGUUUUCCCCGGCAGAUAUAA